AUUCAACAGAAGACAUUCUAGCUGUUCGUUCACUUGAAAACAGAGCAGUAAACACAGAAUGUUUCAAGGCUUGUUCAAGCAACCUUUCGAAGUCAAAGAAUAUGAGCCGUCUGCUGUUCUGGAUGAACCGUGGAGAGAACUGCGCUGGGGAAACGUACAGGAGGAUCGUCAGUAUGUGCAGGAAUACAAGCCUGCACAAGAUGACAUCCGGUACCUUCGAGUCCUCCUGUACGGACCUGUUGGUGCUGGGAGGUCCAGUUUCAUCAACUCUGUCAGUAACGUCAUGCGAGGACGGAUGUCGACUCCUGCUUUGGCCUGUGCCGGUUCUGUCCCCUUUACCAAAACGUAUGAAACUCAUAAAUUCCUUAAAGGACAAGGAAGCUCAAAGACGUUUUAUCCUGUGGUCUUUACUGACACCAUGGGUCUGGAAGAGGGGGACAGCAGAGGAGUUCAUGUAGACGACAUCAAGCUGGCUUUGAAAGGACACGUGAAGGAGGGACACAAGGUGCAGCCUAAAAAAUUCAACCCAUUUUCUCCACUAGUUGAAAGUCACCCAGACUACAACCCGAACCCGUCUGCUGAUGACAAAGUCCAUGUGCUGGUCUGUGUGAUCUCUGCCCACAGUUCACAGAUUAGAUCAUCAGUUCUGGAGAAGAUGAAGAACGUCAGAGAAACAGCCAGUGAGCUGGAAAUUCCUCACAUGGCCAUCAUGACAAACAUUGAUGAAGCUUGUGGUGAAACUGAGAAAGAUCUGUGGAAUGUGUACAAGAGCAAGCACUUGAGAAAAAAGAUGGCAGACUUCAGUGCAGCAGUGGGAAUCCCAUUGAACUGCAUCUUUCCUGUGAAGAACUACAGCCAUGAAAUCGACCUGAAUGAAGAUGUUGAUACUCUGAUCCUGAGCGCCCUGCGGAAAAUGAUCGACUUUGGAGACGACUUUAUUGAAAAAUUUUAAACAGAUUUAGAGGAAACGCUGAGGUGGAAGAGGUUCAGUUACAUAUGGUGUAUAUCUAUAGGACAUUUAAAGCUUCAUUAAGUUUGCGUUAAGUUCGUUUUUUUUUGUUAUUUUGGAAUCUUGUUUUGUAAUUUAGAGGUAAAAGGAACUUCUAGCAGAACAAACUUUCAGCUGUAGUUAUUCUAUCCUUGAAUAAAAGCUAGAUUUCAUGUUUUAAAGUGAAACUUGUUUUAGGUCAAGAUAACAGUGCAAAGUACUACCAGAAAUGGUUCCUCCCAACUUUAGAUUUACGAGGGAUAUAAGGACAGAGGAAAACAUCGUUUUUGUAGCAAGGAGUCAUUAAAAUGCAAGGUGUCAUUUAAUGUCAUUAAAAUGCAAAAUAAUAGGGGAAAAUGUAUAAUCUUUUGAAAAGGCAGAGAUUUUUUUUUCAAUCGGGAAAAUUUGACUGUUGUUUAUUUUUUUUAGAAAUGUAAACAUUUCUUUAAUAUGUAGAAUUAUCCGUCAUGUUUUAUCUUCAUAUCUUUAUAUUUCUUCAUGUUUUUCAUUCAGCAGUUUUCUUCCACUCCUGUUUUUCUUGUAAAGCACUUUGCAAUGACCUUGUUUAUGACAGAACGGUAUACAUAAACUACCUUCACAUAAUCACUCCAGUUUUAAUGAAUGGACAAUUUCUGCUGUAAUAAUUAUCAUCUUAGAGACAAUAAUUAUGAUUCUUUAAAAUAAAGAAAAAAGGUUGUAUUGUCAGCAGACGUUCUGCAAAACACAAGAAAAAAACGUUUAUGUUUCACUUUAAUAAGAAAAUAUUACAGCUGACAAAGCAGAUUUAUCCCUGUUUAUCUUUAUUCGUUGUCCGUGGAGUCAAGCAUCAUGAGAUCCGCUGGUGGAUUAGUGCCAAACGAGUUAUCCCCGCCAUAAUUUGUGUCCCCUGCGUCGGCAGAGUGCUUGAAAUCAAUACAACUUUUAACCUCCA